GCGCCCGCCGGCUGUGUCUGCCUGGCCGGGCAUGAGGCUGCCGAGGGGAACACGCAGUGCCGAGCCUGUGUCCCCGGCACCUUCAAGGCCACGCAGGGUGAGGGGCUUUGCCAGCCUUGCCCCCCCUACAGCCAUUCCUCAGCGCCCGGCGCCUCCAUCUGCUCCUGCCGCAACGGGUACUUCCGCGCCAGUGCCGACCCCCCCAGCUCCCCCUGCACCACGACCCCUCGGCCCCGCGCAGCAUCGUGCACCAGAUCAACGGCUCGGGGGUGGUGCUGGCCUGGAGCGAGCCCCUGGAGAUGUGGGGCGGCGGGACGUGACCUACAACCUGUGCUCUGCUCGAGUGCCCGAGGGGCAGCCCUGCCAGCGCUGCGCCCGCCUGACCUUCGCCCCAGUGCUGCGGGGGACUGGCAGAGCCGGGGGUGACCGUCCAGGCCUGCAGCCUACGUCACCUACACCUUCAGAUCCAGCAUCAACGGGGUGUCGGACCUGAGCCCCAACCCGCCCCAGGCCGAGAGUGGUCAACGUCAUACCCAACAAGGAUGUGCCCCCGCCCG